AUGAAAUUAAAGUUCGUUUUGGCAAUUAUCUUUGCAAUUUUAUGCUUCACUUAAUGCAAUCAAGACGUCUAAGUGAAGGCUAAUGAUGAUAUCCCAGAGUUAAAGCUUUCUUUGAGUACUAAGGCAAUCAAUAAACUUGUUUCUUUCUUGGGUGAUAUGGUUGAUAAUAUAGCCGAUGGAAAACCCCUUAAAAUUCCUUUGAAUAUUGACACUUAAUCAAAAAUUGGAAUAUAUAAAAUCAUGUUAAACAACCUUACCCUAGCUAAUCACACUAUUCCUUGGAAUUAAAAUGCUAUAGCUAUUGACUCUCUUUCAGAAAAUGUUUUCCGUGUUUCUCUAAACAAUUUAUCCUUAAAUUUCACAGCAAACGAAGACAUCUCAUUACUCUGGUUUAUUAAAAUAAAGAAUUUUUUCAAUUUGAAUAUAACUGAUUUAUCCUUCCACACAGAAGUUCAUUUAACUCCAUUAUCUGAUCCCAAUUCUGUUGGAUUCGAAGCUUAACUUAAAAAAACCUCCUUCAGUAUUAAGAAGGUUGAAUUAAUCCUCUAAGACCAAAAGUUUUGGAACUUUAUUGCUAAACCUUUAGUUUGGAUACUUAAGCCACUAAUAGUUAACCCUAUCGUCGCAUCUAUUGCAUAAUCAGUAAUUAAUAAAGCUUUGAAGAAUUUCUGCCAGAAACCUUUAUAACCCGAAAUUAAGAUUGGUGACUACACUUAUUAAUUUGAUAUUAAUUUCCCCUCAGGUGUUUAAUAAUAGCAAUCUGACUUAAGAAUUCCUGUUGAUAUCAAAAAGAUUACUAACCUCAACUCUACAGAAGUAUCUCCUGCCUCUUAGAUUUACCCUCUUCCAGACUACUAUUUUACAAAUCACACUGAUCGUUAUGAUUUUGAAAUUCUUCUUGGUACUGGUAUUAUCAAUCAACUCAUAUGGACACUUUCAGAUUCUAAGUUACUCUCAUUGACAAUUAACUAAAGCAGUGCUAUUAUGAAAAAUAUUCCUUUAUAAUUAAAUCUCUAAGGUGUUUAACUUCUUUUGCCUGGUCUCUACAAUGAAUAUGCUAUUCGUAGAAAAAUGCCUCCAACUACUGGAGUCUAUCUCUAACUCUAUGUUCCUAGCUAAGCUCCUGAUGUCAGAUUAGUUGGUGGUAGAUUAGUUGGAACUGUUAAUGCUUCAAUUAAAUUUUUGGUUGAAUUAGAUCCUGAUGAGUAUCCUGUUACUGAUAUCGCUACUUGUAACUGUGAUGAAGCUAUUACUAUUGCCUUAUAACUUUACUUCGCUGCUGAUAUUUACACUCCUGCUAGUUUCAAGAUUGGUGCAGAUGUAUCCAACUUAUAGAUUGUUAAAGCUUAGAAAGCCUCAGGAUCUAUCGAUUUUGAUGGUGAUAAGUUCUCUACCAAUGCUACCCUCUUGAUCUAUAAUUUACUUGGCAUAAUUAAUUAAUCAUUAAGUUAAGGUAUUGAUAUUCCUUUGGUUAGCCAAGCCAGUUUCCUUGAAAACAUAACCCUCAUUUUCGAACAAGGUUACAUCUUUGUUGAUGUUGGAAUUAAUCCUGAUAAUUGA